AUGGGAGCGCCAACCGUAAAUCUGGGUUACCUUAAUAAAAUCUAUCUAUCUAUCUAUCUAUCUAUCUAUCUAUCUAUCUAUCUCCUCUUAAUUGCUGUUGUUCUCAGGUCCAGCAGGACCCGGGGUGUGAUUGAUAUGCCGCUAAACAAAAUAAACCGAACCUAUCUAUCUAUCUAUCUAUCUAUCUAUCUAUCUAUCUAUCUAUCUAUCUUAGCAGCGCACCUAGCGUUUGUUCUUGGGGUGGUCCAAAAAGGACGCAAAACGUUUUCACAACUUCUCUUCUUCCUUACCCACCACGACGGCAAUAGCGCUACCAAAAUUAGUUCAUGGGGAGAUAAUACAGUGUACUACUAUCUAUCUAUCUAUCUAUCUAUCUAUCUAUCUAUCUAUCUCAAUCUGUUUCAAUCUAUCUAUCUAUCUAUCUAUCUAUCUAUCUAUCUAUCUAUCUAUCUAUCUAUCUAUCUCUAUCUAUCUAUCUAUUCUAUCUAUCUCUAUCCCAUCUAUCUAUCUAUCUAUCUAUCUAUCUAUCUAUCUAUCUAUCUAUCCCUAUCUGUUUCAAUCUAUCUAUCUAUCUAUCUAUCUAUCUAUCUAUCUAUCUAUCUAUCUAUCUAUCUAUCUAUCUCAAUCUGUUUCAAUCUAUCUAUCUAUCUAUCUAUCUAUCUAUCUAUCUAUCCCAAUCUGUUUCAAUCUAUCUAUCUAUCUAUCUAUCUAUCUAUCUAUCUAUCUAUCUAUCUAUCUAUCUAUCUUGUUUCCCAGUUUGUUUCUAUCUAUCUAUCUAUCUAUCUAUCUAUCUAUCUAUCUAUCUCAGUCUGUUCAUUUUAUAUCUAUUUCAUUCUGUUCAUUUAUAUCUCUGUAUCUCUCCCUGUUAAUUUCUACAUUCCACACGCAAAUAUUUGUAUCUAUCUCACUCUGUUCACUUUUCUCUCUCUCUCUCUCUCUCUCUCUAUCUAUGUCAUUCUGUUCAUUUCUCUCUCUCUUACUUUGUUCAUUUCUCUCUCUCUCUCUCUAUUUAACUCACUCUGUUCAUUUCUCUCUCUCUCUAUCUAUCUAUCUCUCUCUGUUCAUUUCUCUCUCUCACUCUCUCUCUCUAUCUAUCUAUCUAUCUAUCUAUCUCACUCUGUUCAUUUCUUUCUCUCUCUCACUCUUCUGUUCCUUUCUCUCUAUUUCCUUGUCUCUCUCUGUUUUUCUUUCUUUGUUUAA